AUGGCUGACAAUACAGGUAGAGAAACCAACAUUUCUACUUUUGAUGCCUCUGCGUCUGGCACUAUUGUGAAACGACCUGAAGGAAUGAUUACUCCUAUGGUUUCUACCAACUAUAGUGAGAAACCUGAGAAGUUCCAUGGCCUGAACUUCAAGACAUGGCAACAAAAGAUGCUGUUCUAUUUGACAACAUUGAAUCUCUCGAGAUUCUUAAGUGAGGAUGCUCCAAAACUGCCUGAUGGAUUAACUGAUGCACAAGCUGUCAGUGCUAUUGAUGCUUGGAAGCACUCCGAUUUCCUUUGUCGAAAUUAUAUCAUGAACUGCUUGCAUGACUCGCUGUAUAACGUGUAUCAAGUACACAAGACGGCGAAGGCAUUGUGGGAAUACUUGGAUCGGAAAUAUAAAACCAAAGAUGCUAGGGCAAAGAAAUUUGUCGUCGGAAAAUUUCUAGACUAUAAAAUGGUGGAUUCCAAGAUUCUUAUCAGUCAGGUGCAAGAAAUUCAGAUUAUCUUGCAUGAGAUUCUAGCUGAAGGCAUGAUUUUGAGUGAAACUUUUCAAGUAGCUGCUGUUAUUGAAAAGCUACCUCCUGGGUGGAAGGAUUUCAAGAACUAUCUCAAGCACAAGCGCAAAGAGAUAAGUAUGGAGGUCCUUAUUGUUAGACUUCGAAUUGAAGAAGACAACAGGGGUGCAAGUGUAAGCAUCAUUGUGAUCUUAGUUUUUGUUUUUUCAAUUAUACCCUUGUUAAUUGAUGAUUGA